GAUCUUGGAGGUUACACCACAUUAACACGUGUAGCGACUCAGGGGAGGACUGGGUCCAAUGAGUGGGUGACCAAAUACAAGUUACAGUACAGUGAUGAUGGAAUGAACUUCCAGUUUUACAAAGAACAUGGAGACAAGUCAGCUAAGGUAUCUUCACACACGUAUUAUGUAAAAUACUUUAAAGGCAACCAGAUGUUUUUAUAUCAGUUCUCAUUUACAACAAGCUAAGCUACCUCGAUCGUCCAAUAUGUUUUGCUUAGUCCCUGUGUGAAGUCAUAACCCGUUUUCUAUGGCAACAUAGCUGGCAAACAAUGACUAAAUUGUGAACAGUUUUUUCAGGACUAGGCCAAACAUAUUUAACCAAGCAUUGAAGUGAGAGACUUGUUGGCCGCUUAUUUGCUCUUAGGGUUAGGGUUUAAGGUCUCACUGUUUCAUUGAUUAUUACAGGUUUUUACUGGAAACGAUGACAGUGAUACUGUUGUGUAUAAUGCACUCAGUCCACCAGUCACUACAAUGUUUGUUCGUGUAUUGCCUAUAGCUUGGAACAGUCGUAUAUCUAUGAGGAUAGAGCUGUAUGGU